CUUGACAUUUAUCGUUGAAUGGAAAUUGAGCGGCAUUUCAGUAACAACACAAGCCAAACAAAUAUUAGAAAUUGUAAAGAAUUGCUAUAAUGACUGAAAAUAAUGGACCCGCAGUGCGAAUGCCAUGGGUGGAAAAGUACCGUCCAAGCGGCUUAGAUGAUUUGAUUUCACACGAGGAAAUAAUAUCAACAAUUAGCCGGUUCAUCAGUCGUAAGCAGUUGCCCCAUUUAUUAUUCUAUGGGCCGCCCGGCACGGGAAAAACCAGCACAAUAUUGGCCUGUGCCAGACAACUUUACUCCCCGCAACAGUUCAAGUCCAUGGUGUUGGAGCUCAAUGCAUCCGACGACAGAGGAAUUGGAAUCGUCCGUGGACAAAUCCUCAACUUUGCGUCCACGCGAACCAUUUUCUGCGACACCUUCAAACUAAUCAUUUUAGAUGAGGCGGAUGCCAUGACCAACGAUGCCCAAAAUGCUCUGCGUCGAAUCAUUGAAAAGUACACCGACAAUGUGCGAUUCUGUGUGAUUUGCAAUUAUCUUAGCAAAAUAAUUCCGGCACUGCAGUCAAGAUGCACUCGUUUCCGAUUCGCUCCUUUAUCGCCAGAUCAGAUGAUGCCCCGACUGGAGAAGAUCAUUGACGCCGAAGCAGUUCAAAUUACAGAGGAUGGUAAGCGUGCUCUUUUAACCCUUGCCAAAGGCGAUAUGCGAAAGGUCCUGAACGUUUUGCAAAGCACCGUGAUGGCGUUCGAUUCGGUCAAUGAGGACAAUGUAUAUACAUGUGUCGGAUAUCCUUUGAGACAGGAUAUUGAACAAAUACUGAAGGCAUUGUUGUCUGGAAACAGCGUGGAGGACUCAUUUAAAACUGUUGAAAAUGCAAAAUAUGCUAGGGGCCUCGCAUUGGAGGACAUUUUAACAGAGUUGCAUUUGUUUGUGAUGAGGCUUGAACUGCCUAUGUCUGUUAUGAAUAAACUUAUUGUAAAGCUGGCUCAAAUCGAAGAAAGGUUAGCCAAGGGAUGCACAGAACCUGCACAAACGGCUGCCCUGGUGGCCGCGUUUUUCAUUUGCAGAGAUAUGGUUUCUUUGGAGAAAUAAAUAUUUAAAAAAAAUUUACUAUUAAAUAAA